GUAAUAUGUGAGCUUGUAUACACACUGUAAUAAAUAUACCAUUGAUUUAGAUUAAAAUGUUACCGUACCCACCUUCGGGGUGACGUGUCCCUUCGAGCAUGGCAUCUCUUAUCAUACGGUCUCCCGCCUCGCCUGCUCCGCCCCCCCCCCCCCCCCGCCAGCGACCCGCUCCUCUCCCAACCCAGGCUCUUGGGUGUCAGAUCACCACUAAAUGUUACAUGAUUCCCUCAUCUGCGUGUGACUCUAUCAUACUUCCUUACCCUGCAUGCACUGCUUCUUCCCUCUUGGCAUACACUGCCCGUUGUGUUGCAUGUUGUCCAAGCAAUCAGCACCAAGUAAGUCCACCCAUUUGGUCCCAAAUGGCGACACCGACUCAACACCACGCCUCUCCCGCGGCGUGUUAAGUGCUCUAGAUCGGGUUGGGGGGCUCCAUGGCCGUCCGGUGAUGUCCCAGACGAUGCGGCACCGCUGGCUGCUGCUCGGGGCCUGCGGCUGGGUCCUUCUUAUCCUCAUGUUCGCCAGCAAGUUCAUCUCCUUCAGGACCACCGACGACUAUGGGGAGAAGUCGAUUGCACAGAGUGGGACACUGCCAGUGCCCGUACUGGGAAACAAGGUGGUCGUGGCGACCCCUCUGCCUGGUCCAGAAGUGCCUGCUGUGAGUGUAACAACCAAUCUGCCUUCGCCGUUGCCCUCGGCGACCGACUGGCUGGACGUGUCGGAGAAGCGUCUGGAGCUGCUGUCGGCGGUCUGCAAGAACGCCAGCGGCAAGACGCGCGACCCCGUCAACAAGUUCGUCAUGGACCGCAUCUUCGUCUGCGACAAACACAAGAUCCUCUUCUGCCAGACCCCCAAAGUGGGCAACACCCAGUGGAAGAAGGUCCUCAUCGUGCUCAACGGCGACUACCCCACGGUGGACGAGGUUCCGGAGGACAUCGUCCACCGCCACGAUAAGAACCACCUGAGGCGCCUCUCGUCCUUCACGCCGUCGGAGAUCAGUGAGAGGCUCCGCCUCUACUUCAAGUUCCUGAUCGUGCGGGACCCCUUCGAGCGGCUCAUCUCGGCCUUCAAGGACAAGUUCGUGGAGAACCCGCGCUUCGAGCCCUGGUACAAGACGGAGAUCGCGCCCGCCAUCAUCCGCCGCUACCGCCGCGACCGGCGCGUGGCCGCCGGCGCCACCGCGCCCGCCGCCGGCCUGCGCUUCCGCGAGUUCGUCCGCUACCUCGGCGACACGGACGGCCGCCGGCGCCACCUGGACUACGAGUUCGGCGAGGCGGUGAUCCACUGGGCCACGUACUCGGAGCUGUGCGCGCCCUGCCAGAUCGGCUACAGCGCCGUGGGCCACCACGAGACGCUGGAGCGCGACGUCCCCCACAUCCUGCGGGGGGCCGGCGUGGAGGCCCUGGUGGAGUACCCGGCCAUCCCGCCCGGGAUCACGCGCUACAACCGCACCAAGGUGGAGCAGUACUUUGCGGGCGUCAGCGGCGCCGAGGUGCGGAAGCUGUACGCGCGCUACCAGGGGGACUUCCUGCUGUUUGGGUACCCGCCGCCGAACUUCCUGUGGAGCUGAGGACGAACGCCAUCUUUGUCUCCCCCACCCCCCCCCCCCUCCCCUCCUCGUCUCUCCUCCCUCCCCCCUUAUGUCAACGUAACCCGACUCUCUAACGUGACACUGGGACCCCUGUGACGCAGCGGUCACAUGACUAACACGGUGCCAUGAAGCAGGACGUCCGUUCGCCCCGGUACUCCCUGAGGCUUCCCCCGGGGGUCAUAGGUCAAAGGUCAAAGCAGGUGGCCAUGUUUGCUACACCCGUCGCCCUCCGUGUGUGCUCUGACUCCUCCACCUACUCCUUGAGACGCCCGGAGAGUCACGCCGCCGGUUCCUUAACGACGGAGAGCAGGACAACCAACCAACGGGCCUGGCUGUUUACAUCGCCACGGCAACAGGAGGAGGCGGGACUUUUAGCAUGUGCAGCUGAAUGUACAUUGUAGCCGACGUUUAAUUUAUUAAGUCUUUGCUAAAAAAAAAAUAUAUAUAGGAAAUUGUCGCUCAGUCGACGCUACAUUUCAAAUGUAUUUAUUAUUACCUUUUGUUGACAGGGUAGAGGAUCGGAGCAACGCCUGGACUCUGAUUGGCUGAGCUGGGAGUAGGACUCUCAUGUUGUUUAUUUAUGCUUGGGGGGGGGGGGGGGGGGGGGGGGGGGUGCAAUGUGCCAUGCACACACUUAACGGUAGCAAAUACGUUGGCAAAUAAAUCGAAGGUUUAAUGUAGGAUAUUACUUUUUUUAUUAACAAAGUGAGAUGGUUUUACAGGUGUCUCACUUUUGUUUUUUUUAUUAGACUCAUUUGUUUUAAGUAUCUCAUGCCUAACGUUACUUGUAUUUAAGAUUUUUUGUGUUCUCCGACCAUGAAACCAUACUGCCUCUGAAUGACCUCUUUGCGACCUUUUAUGUCAAGGUUGGUCACAAAUAAUAUACAGGCUAAGUAAUAAAGUCAUAUUAAACAGCU